CUCCGGCCGCUUCCCGUCAAACUUGACCAACGCUGAGAUCUCACGUCGGACCGCUUUGUGGUGUUUCUCAACAAUGGAGCGGAAAGUUGCUCGAGAAUUUAGGCACAAGGUGGAGUUGCUGAUUGAAAAUGAAGCAGAAAAGGAUUACCUGUAUGACGUCCUCCGCAUGUAUCACCAGUCGAUGGAUUUGCGAGUGCUGGUGGGAGACCUAAAGCUGGUAAUUAACGAACCAAAGCGUCUCCCCUUGUUUGACGCCAUCCGACCUCUCAUCCCUCUCAAACACCAGGUGGAGUAUGACUUGCUCACCCCCAAGAGGUCAAGGAAGCUAAAAGAGGUGCGUUUGGAUCGGACUAAUCGUGAUGGUCUAGGUCUGAGCGUCCGAGGAGGGCUUGAGUUUGGCUGUGGUCUUUAUAUAUCCCAGAUUAUAAAAGAGGGACAAGCUGAUAAUGUGGGCCUACAGGUUGGUGAUGAGAUUGUGCGUAUCAAUGGAUACUCUAUUUCCUCCUGUAUCCACGAGGAGGUCAUCAGUCUCAUCAAGACAAAGAAUGUCGUGUCACUCAAAGUUCGACACGUGGGGAUGAUCCCAGUGAAAACCUCAUCAGAUGAACCCCUGAAGUGGCAGUUUGUCGACCAGUUUGUUUCUGAAUCGGGGGAGAAAAAAAGCAGUGUGGCCGGUUUGGCAUCCAUUGGAGGAAAGGAGAUCAAGGAGAAGAAAGUUUUCCUCAGUCUUGUGGGUACCAAGGGCAUGGGCAUCAGCAUAUCCAGUGGUCCAACCCAAAAACCUGGUAUAUACAUCAGUAACGUCAAGCCAGGCUCCCUCUCUGCAGAAGUUGGGCUUGAGGCUGGAGACCAGAUUGUGGAGGUGAACGGAGUGGAUUUCACUAACAUGGACCACAGAGACGCCGUGAAAGUCCUGAAGAGCAGCAGAAGUUUGACUAUUACAGUUCUGGCAGGAGCUGGCAGUGAGCUGUUUAUGACAGAUGAGGAGCGUCUGGCACUGGAGGCCCGCAGGGACGUGGAGAGGAAGGAGCUGAUGCACCAGAAGAAGGUGGCACUGGAGACCAACAAAAUCAUUAAAGAGCAGCAGGAGAAGGAGAGACAACGAAAGAUGGAGCUCUCUCAGAAAGCUGCAGAAGAGGAGGAGCGUUAUCAGAAGGAAAUGGAAAGGAUUGAAGCUAUGGAGAAAAAACACAACAGAGAGUGGGAGGAGGACUAUGGUACUGACAGACCCAAGAGCCCUAAAUCCAGUCCAAAGGUCCCAUCACCAAGAACCACCCCAACUCCAAAGGCCAAAAGUUCUCGUAAGGACCGACAGCAGUACUUAGAGGAGUCAGAAAAGGGAUUUCAGAAAUAUGUGGAUGACUUUGACCCCUACUCCAUGUUCUCUGCGGACCAGAUAGCCGGCCGAGAUGUGAGGCAGCUGCGAAUCAAAAAGGAUGGAAACCUUGACCUGGCGCUGGAGGGGGGAGCAGACUCUCCUUUGGGGAAGUUGGUGGUAUCUGCAGUGUAUGAGGGUGGUGCUGCUGAUAAGCACGGUGGGAUUGUACCCGGGGAUGAACUCAUGGCUGUGAAUGGGAAGAUCCUGAUUGAUGCCACACUGACUGAGGGGCAAAACUCUCUGACUCGAGCCUGGAGCAGUGGAGGGGAUUGGAUCGAUGUGGUGAUCGCUGUGGCCCCCCCAAAAGACUAUGAGGAUGAAGUGUAA